AUGAAGAUCAGCCUCAUUCUUCUCAACGGCGUUUUCGCCGGGACCAUCGCCGUCCCAACUGGUUCAAACACUAUCCACGAAAAGCGCGAUGUGUCCGGUGGCCGAUGGACUAAGCGUGAAGCUGCCGACGCCAACACCAAGGUCCCCGUGAGAAUUGCUCUGAAGCAGAAGAACCUGGACCAGGGCAUGGACUACCUCCUCGAGGUCUCUGAUCCCUCCUCUGCCAAGUAUGGCCAGCAUUAUUCCAAGGACCAGGUUGCUGCACUCUUUGCCCCUGAUGAGAGCUCCAUCAACGCCGUCAAGAGCUGGCUGAUCAAGUCUGGAGUCUCUGCCGACAAGAUUACAUUCCCCCAGAGCAAGGGCUGGGUCGAGUUCCAGUCCACCGUGGGAGAGCUGGAGUCGAUUCUCAAGACCAAGUACCACUUGUAUGACCACAUCCAGGCUCGAAACGCCCACAUAGGCACGGACGAGUACUCGCUCCCCAACGAAAUCUCAGACCUCGUCGACUUUAUUACCCCUGCCGUCGUCAUGUCACAGACCAGCAAGCCCUCAAACAACGUCAAGCGAAAUGAUGGCCGCAUCAUCAGACCUCACAAGCCGCUCUCGGCGGAAGUUGCCCAGUUGCUGGCAGCCCAUCCUGGUAUAUGCCGGACAAGACUGACAAAUUUCUCGCAAAAAGACUCUACUGAUAACUGCGCCGAGUACAUCACACCCGCGUGUAUCAAGUCUCAAUACAACAUCACUGACGGCACACUGCAUGAUGCUUCAAACCGCAUGGGUAUCUUUGAGAUAUCCGAAGACGUCUACUCCCAGGAAGACUUGGACUCCUUCUACUCCAAGUACGCCACACACAUUCCAAAAGGCACUGGACCCAAGAACGACCUGAUUGACGGCGCCACGGCCCCCGUCGACCAGGGAAGCGCUGGCGGCGAGUCCGAUCUCGACUUUGAAAUCGCCAUUCCCAUCAUUUACCCUCAGGAAACGGAGCUGUACGAAGCUGGUAGAAAGAACGACGACAUUUUCAACACCUUUCUCGACGCCGUCGACGGCAGCUACUGCAAGGACCCCGGCGACGACCCUGCCGUUGAUGGAAGCACGCCUCGUGAAAUGUGCGGCACUUUCAAGGCCGCCAACGUCAUGUCAUUCUCUUACGGCACCGCCGAGGCCGACUACCCGACAAAAUACCUCCAGCGACAAUGCAACGAGUUCAUGAAGCUCGGUCUCCAGGGCACCUCGAUUGUCUUCUCGAGCGGCGACGACGGCGUCGCCCGACGGUCAGGGCCCUGCCUCGGUCCCCAGAUGGACGUCUUCACCCCCAGCCAGCAAGCCAGCUGUCCCUACGUGACGUCUGUCGGGUCUACCGUCCUCCUUGCCGGCGGGGAGGAGAUUGCCACCGAGACCUUCUCCUCCGGCGGUGGCUUCAGCAAUAUCUGGUCCACGCCCGACUACCAGAAGGAUGCCGUCUCCGCGCGCGCCCUGAAAAGCUACUUCUCCAAGCACGACCCGGGCUACAAGUCGUACACGACCGACGACGGCACCGUCCCGGCCACGGGCGGCAUCUACAACCGCGCCGGCCGCGGCAACCCGGCCAUGUUCACCGAUGUCGUCGGGGGUGACCAGUCCAGGGGCGGGCCCAGCGGCGACCGCCAGCCCAGCGCCUGUGGCAACAAGGGGUUUUCUGCUGUUCGGGGCUGGGACCCCGUUACCGGGUUGGGAACGCCCAUUUACCCGGCUAUGCUGGAGUAUUUUGUUUCAUUGUGA